UGACGUCAUGAAUUUCAAAAUGGCUGCGGAAACAUAGAAUUGAAAAUUUGUAAUGUUGAUCUUGAUGGCUACGUCUUAACCUGUCAUGCCAUCGUCAGAGAAAAAGAAAGUUAAGGACCUACACUUGGCUUCCAACUUGGAGGAACUGAACAAAAUAGCUGAUCCAGGCUUGCCCGUCGACAGAAAUGCGAACCCUUCACCAUACAUCAAAUCAGCGGAUAAAGUUUACCUGAAAGCUCAAGAUAAUGAUCUGGAAGGUGACGAAGAGAGUGCAUAUGUAUAUUACAUGCGUUAUUUUAACAUCAUCUGCUUGAUUAAAAAAAGCAGUAAAUACUCAGACAACAAGAAGCAUUAUGAUAAUUUGUUGGGGAAAAACAAAACUAUAAAGUCUAUUGAGCGCGCGGAAGUUUUGCAAAAAAACCUCAAGAAAAGGUAUGAGAAGCUAAAAGAUCAAAAGGAAGCUGAGGCAAAAGCACAGGAAGAAGCAAAGCAAAAGGAAGAGGAAGACAAAAAAAAAUUAGCUGCAUUAAGGGCAAGGAAUGGAAAGGGAACAGACAGUGACAGUGGCUUUGAGAGUGAUGUUGAUUCUCUCCAAAAUGGAAAUGGCAUAAGCUCCUCCUCUGAUGUUUAUAACAAGCUUCAGGUCAACCAUAAUUCUAUUCUUACUCCAAAAACAACUGAAAAUGACGGUGGUGCACUUAUAAGUGGAGUGGAGUCUCCUACCUCAUCACUUGUCUCAGAUGGUGUGAAGUUUAUAUCAGCACAAGAACUGUACAAGCGCAUAAAAGAUUCUGAGUUCAAAAUUCUGAUCCUUGAUUGUCGACCCUAUGCCAAGUUUGCUGAAAAUCGAAUCCAGUGUUCUUGUUGUAUUAAUAUUCCUGCUGAAUUGCUGGAUCAAGGGGUUUCAGUUGGCAGCAUAGAGAGAAGACUGCCAGAACGAACAAGAAAGACUUGGAACAGGAGAGGAGAAAAAGAGCUUGUUAUUUUAAUGGAUGAAUCGACCAAGUUUUCAGAGAUAACCCCGGAAUGCAGAAUUCAGAGGCUCAAAGAUGUGAUAUUCACCUAUGACUCCUACAGCUCAUUGAAACAUGAACCUGUGUUUCUUGAUGGUGGAUUUCAUAGCUGGCUUUGGCACUAUCCAUCACUGGCCAUGAAACCAGAAUUACCAACGGUAAGGACACAACCUAAAGCUGUAACUUCUGUGGAUUUGUCAUCUUUAGACUAUCCUGAACUACCUGAAGAUAAGACAUUAACCCCUCAGUCUUCUGUGACUGAUCCUACAUCCAGCACUUUGCAGUAUCCUGGUGUCCCAAUUGCCAACCUUCAAAAUAUGCAAGGUCCAAAAGGCAGUACUGAACAAAACAAACCACCCUCCCCAACACAAGCAGAAUUCAAUUCUAAUGUACCACCAUUGGGACAACCUGGAGAGACUCCAUCAGGAGCAGCUUGGAGUCAUGGUCCAGGAGCAAAGUCUAAGCAACUAGGAAUUCAUCCUGUAGUUCCUCCUUCACAACCUCCCAAUGACAUUCAAUUGCCAAGACCUGCUGAUGCAGGUCCUCCCCAAGAUAAAGCUCCAAAACAAGAACCAGUGAAUUUGCCACCAACACAAUCUGUUACUUCAUCUGAAGGUUUGCCACUUCCCUCAGCAGGACCACAGUCAUAUAUGGGAGUAGCUCCUCAGGCAGUUGUUCCAUCUUCAGCAGAUUUGAGGGCAACAGGCCCUGAGCCAAAAACAAUGGUACCCCAUCCAUCAAGUCAACCUAUUUUUCAGCCCAAUAUUCCUACUACUGCUCCCAAAACAGUGCCAAGUACCCAGCCAUCUUCUCAGUCAAGUGCAACUGUUACAAAGCCAUUUCCACAGUCAAGUGUGCCAUUCACAGGCUCUUCAAGUACACUGUCUGCUCAGUCAGGACCCCCCAACACAAAAUCUACCCUACAGCCCAGUGUAUCUAUUCCUGGCACCCAGCCAUCCAGUGUGAACUCUACUUCCUCUCAAGUAAUGCCUUUGGCUUCUGUGAAAGUGACUCCAGCAGUAUCAACUUCAUCCUCCCCACAAGGCUCAGAUUUUGUUUCUCCACCCUACCUUGACAAUGUGUCACAGCAAGUAACACAAAGGGUACAACCACAAAAUCAACCACCUGUUGCUCCAUCAGUGAGUCAGGUGCCGCAUGUUGGCAGGCAAGAUCCUGAUGGGUCAUCUAUUCCCAUAUCACAAAGUCAUCAAGUAAUCACAACUUCUAUCUCAGGAGCAGAUACAAGGAAUACAAAUUUUACUGCUGUGAAACCUAGUGCAGCACCUCAAUCAGGAAGCCCACAGCAUUUUGUGCAAGGACCUGUCCAGAAUGGAGCUAGUAAACCAACCGCAACUGUUGGUAAAGACUCUGAAUCCCCAGCUCUGCCAAAGAAUUCAGACUCUGCUCAAAAGCCUGAUAGCCGGCCAAGUAACUUUGUCACCACACCAGGACUGCCACAUGGAUGGGAAAAGGUUACUGAUGAUGGAAACAGAACUUACUACAAAGAUCAUAAUACACAAACAACACAUUGGAAUCCACCAACAACUGGAAAAGCAUAUGUUACGCCACAGUCUGGUGCACAAAGGCAGCAGCAGUCUCCAGUGAAAAGACAGUCUUCAGUAGAAAGGCCAAAAUUGCAUAGAUCUAAUUCUUCACCAAAUCUUGCUAAGGUCAAAGAUCAAGGCUCUUCUGGUCCCAAGAAGCCAAUAAUUGAUCGCUUAUCAAAACCAGAUUCUGGACAAAAGGGACCUGCAAGGCCAGUUGUGAACCGCAUUGCCAAACCUUUGUCUGCCAAUCAGCUUGAUAGUUUUAAUCCAAGCUAUGGUGGUCCAGGAAUAGGGUUAACUGGACUACGUAAUCUGGGAAAUACCUGUUAUAUGAAUUCUGUGGUGCAGUGCUUAAGCAGUGUGGCACCGUUGGCAACAUAUUUCAUUUCUGGAGUAUUCAGGGAAGACAUUAAUAGGAGUAAUCGAGAUGGAACAAAGGGAGAACUUGUUGAAAGCUUCUCAGUUCUUGUCAGAGUCUUGCAUUCUGGGCAGUAUAAAUGUGUUUCUGCAAUAGAAUUUAAACGGACAGUGGGAAAGUUCAAGUCACAGUUCUCAGGGUAUGACCAACAAGAUUCUCAAGAACUCCUAGCCUUCUUAAUGGAUGGUUUGCAGGAGGAUCUCAACAAGGUGAAAAACAAACCUUAUCUUAGAGCACCUGCUGAUGACUUAGAUCCCCAGACAGCUGCUACUAUGGCUUGGGAAAACCACAAGAAGAGGAAUGAGUCAAUUAUGGUGGAGUUGUUUGAUGGCCUCUUCAUGUCGACUGUACGCUGCAUGGUUUGCUCCAAAGAAUCCAGAACUUUUGAUUCUUUCUCCAACCUCACUCUUCCACUGCCUCCUAACAAGAGUCAUUGUUCACUUGAGGAUUGUCUCACUUUGUUCACCAAACCUGAGAAAAUGGCAGGGGAUGACAAGUGGUUUUGUCCAAAGUGUCAACAAAGAAGGGAAGCCAGUAAAAAAAUCCAGAUCUGGAAGCUUCCAAGAAUUCUUGUGGUCCACCUGAAAAGAUUUCAGUAUGAAGGAAUGUGGCGUCAAAAGCUCCAGACAGGUGUGAAAUUCCCCAUGACUGAACUGGACAUGUCUGCCUUUGUUGUGGGUCCCAAGUCUGCUGCACGUCCUUACAACUUAUUUGCAGUAUCCAAUCAUUAUGGAACCAUGCAUGGGGGCCAUUACACGGCAUUUGCAAAGAAUGUUUAUGAUAAAAAAUGGUACAAGUUUGAUGACCAAUAUGUAACUGAGAUGUCUCCUCGAGAUGUUGUGACACCAGCUGGUUAUCUUCUGUUCUAUGCAUCAUUUGGUUUCCAACCUCCAAAUCUCCUCAGUUUCAAAUCUUGAAACAAGUCAGUACACUGGACAUUUUUUAUAGCAAUAAAUUAGCAAGAGGCAUGACUGUUUAGUAGUCUAGUUCAAUUUGUUAUCACAUAAGUAAAUUAAAAUCGUGUAUAAAUAA